AUGCACAAUGUUAUCUUUUUUAACAAGGCAUCCCUGCUAGGACUAUCGGUUGAUAUUGUUAGAACCAUUAUAAAGAAGGAAUUAAAAAUGCCAAUUGUUGACAUAGCUAAUCCAGAAGCAAUGGUGGAUGGUGGAGAUAUAUUGUUUACAGGAAAGGAAUUUUUUGUUGGCUUGUCAAGAAGGACUAAUGAUGCUGGGGCUAGAGCUGUAGCUGAUGCUUUUCCUGAAUACCCUGUAACUCCUGUGAAAGUCCCUGGGACAAACCAUCUCAAGUCACUAUUAUCUAUUGCAGGACCAGACAUUAUACUUGUAUCUGCAAGUGACGAAGCUCAAAGUGUGCUUAAGCGUAUGGCUCAAGAAGCUACCUAUAGAUACCAAACAGUUACUGUUCCUGAUCCUGAAGCAGCUAACUGCUUAUUUGUUAAUGGGACUCUAAUUCACAGAUCUGAAUUCCCAAACAGCAUUCAGGUGAUUGAAGACAAAAUUGAGUUCAACAAAGUUGCUAUGCCCUUAUCUGAACUUUCAAAAGCAAGAGGAAAUUUGAGUAGUUGUUGCAUCUUUAUAAAAAAAUCAAAAUAUAUUAAACAACUUUGAAUAGUACAUUGUUACCUGUUAAUGCCUUAAAAGUGGUGAACAAUUUUAUUGUAUUAAUAUAUAGUUUAACAUUGCUUUUUACUGUGCCUGAAAAUAGUGAUAUUUAUAUGUAUGUUGUUUAAAUGUAGAUAAUUCGAUGAAUCAUUUUGUAGGUUAUUUCAUAAGGCAUAAAUCAAUGUGAUCAAGUUAAUUUUUCUGUGACAUUUCACAGUUGCCACUCCAUAGGGAAAACCUGGAAAAUACUGUGAAUCACCUAAAGUGAGAGGAAAAACGCAGGGAAUUUUGAUUUUUCUUUACAAACUAUGAAAACACAGAGAAUUUUGUUUUUUAUUUUUGUCUUUUAUUAAAUGGUGACGACUCAAUGCGUAAUCUAUAGGGUAUAUUUAAUGAUAUUCCAACUAUACUAAACUAUUUCAUUUACUAUAUUAUUUAAGUAUGUUCAGCUAUUCCUUUUUUUUCUCUAAGUUUUUCUAGCAAUUAAAGCUAAUAUGUCCUCACACAGCCCAAUAUAACUCACUCAAGAGCACAGUAAUUGUGUUUCCUCUUAAUAUAUUAUGUAUAAUAUGCACAGGGGAAGUGCAGGGAAUUUUUUUUUCUCCAAAUUUGAUUGGCAAUCUUGUUUCAAUAAAGAAUGUAAAUUGUAAAGUUAAUAAACUGUUUGUGAAUUCAA